GUCGCAAUAUCGAAUCAUAAAUUUUGACAUUUAUCCAGCAGGAAAACAACAAAGCUACAUAAAAUAAUGUGAAUAUCUUCGUUAAAAUGGAAAACAGUCGACUACAUUUUGCUGUUGUGUUAAGUUUUAUUUUAGCUUUAAAUUUAGUUAACUGUAGUGAUAUAACAAGUUUGGUUUUCGGAAGUAAUACAGAUGGAAUGCCAGCUGCCUUUGGCGAUUUUAAUUCUGACGAAUUAACUGACGUUUUCGUGCUUUUGGAUAAUGGAAAAUCAGUGGAGAUUUUACUGGGGCACGAAGAAGAACCCUUAUUGAGAUCUAGCACUGAAAAAUUAAAGUGCACCUUUACGAACUCGAUUAUUUCUAGUGUUGUCCCUGGGGAUUUUGAUGGUGAUGCUUUUAUGGAUGUCCUAGUGACAACAGUAAAAAGAAGAGGCGAUGGAAAAACUCCCCCCACAAACGUAUUUAUCCUGUGGGGUGGAGGUAAUCAUUUGAACUGCACCGAUGAAAAUACACCUGUGAUCGAGAUGCUUGGUCAGCCAUUGGCUAUGGAUUAUAACCAGGAUAUGAUAAUCGAUUUGUUUGGACAGAAUGAGAAGUUUGAAAGGUAUUUUUGGAUUUUUAAUACAAAUCGAAGUGAGCCAGAGAAGAUCAGAAUGAGGUCUAAUAACCAGAAUGAACUGAGUAGGCCACAUUCACAUGCAUUUUUAGAUUUAAACGACGAUUACACAUCCGACUUGUUCAUAACGACACCAAAGAACUUUGAAGUAUGGUUGGGACAUGAAAACGCUCAGGAAAAGUUUACAUUUAACAAAACCAUACCGCACCCCAAAGAUGUGCAUACAGUGGGUCAAUCGUUGUUCAUCGAUGUGGAAUUGAAAGGAGAGAUGGAUUUGGUUACGCCUGUGUGUGUGGAUGAGGAAUGCAAGAAUAGUGCUCUGAUGGUUUAUUCUGGGGAAGAAUGGCAUACAAUGCAGGUGAAUUUCAAGGAUGAUAAUGGGAAUACAUGGAGUUUUUGUCAUAAUAAAGAUAGUAAAUAUACGAAUGUAAUUACAUUGCACAGUGGGGAUUUUAACAUGGAUGGUUAUCCAGAUUUGUUAGCUACUUUGUAUUUUAACGACAGAAAACACCCGCAAUCGUUUUUACUAGAGAAUACUGCGUGUGUUAGUGGAUGUAAUAAGUUUAAGAGGUCUUAUACUAUAAGAUGGAAUGCCCUAAGUCCAUUUAGGAAUGGUACAGCAAUGGCUUCUUUCUUCGAUUUUUAUCAGGAUGGUAUUUUGGAUUGUAUUCUUGUAACGCAAAAUAACGAUGACUACAAAGUAGCAGCUUUCAAAAACAGUUUAGACUAUGAUGCAAACUUCGUAAAAGUAAUGGUACUAACUGGUUUAUCCAACCUGGAAAACCCCAUGAUGAUGGGACGUGUGGGCAAAAAACGCCGCACCUAUGGUACUAAUCUCCCAGGCCCAAGUAUCUACUACAAAACCACAACCCAGGAAGGCAAUUUACGCCAUGGUGUAUCAGCCCAGCUCCCCCAGUCAGCCCAUUUCAGCCUCAAUCUCCCCUACACAAUAUUUGGUUUAGGGCGUACACCAAACUUCGUGGACUCUCUUACAGUUGGACUAUCAAAUCAUUCCCGUGCUUGGACUCAGAUAAUUCCGAAUUCCCAGAUGGUUGUGAUACCGUGGCCCACCACUGAGCCCACGCAGUGGAAAGCCCAGUUGUUCGUGACGCCCAGUAAGUUGAUUUUGAUGUCGGUGGCCGCUUUGACGGCGGUCUGCGGCAUGAUUACUGUCAUUAUUGCGGUAUUGUAUUGGAAGGAGAGGCAGGAGGAUAAAAAAGAAAGGAUGUCCGAGUCUCAUCGGUUCCAUUUUGAUGCUAUGUGAUUUUUUUUCUAGGUUUAACAGUGAUAACACGGACAGUGGUAAUAAUUUAUAUAAAUAUUAAUGAUGUAAUGUAUAGCUUAAUUGUAUUGUAUAUUUAUGUUUAUUAUUAUUAUUUAUUAAUAAAAGUUAAAAUUAAA